AUGAGCAGUAAUGUGGCUUUCAGACUGCACGCCACCUUCCUAUGCAGCCCAGCACGUUCUGGGAUUCAAAGCAGAACCUAUUCCAACAUUUCAAACCACCUCUCCUCUAACCAGUCACUUUAUUCGCCUGCCAGCUAUUAUGCUAUCCAGGUAGUCAGAGCAAUUAUUCCUCCCGUAAACCAGGCAUCGUUCAUCCACAGGCGAUGUGUGCCUUCGGUGCCCUCACCUAAGUCGCCGUAUCUGCGACAGCACCUUGAUUUCAAGACUUGCAUAUUUAGAAGCGCAGCCAAAAGACGAAAUGGCAACACGCCUGGCGCUACCGAACUCGUCACACGGCGUUUUCAUACGAGUCCGGGCGCCUGGAGUAAGGCUCCAUCAGAUCAAGGGGGGGAGGAGACCCUUGAACAAGUCCGAAAAGCGGAUUCAAAGCCUCCAAUCUCACCUACGGCCCCGACAAUCAAUCAGCAUCUGCGCCAACGCCUACCAAACAUUGCCCACAUCCAUAGACCCGGUCGUGAGGAGCUUCUUGCGGCCGCAACCGGCUUUUGGUCUCGUUUGAAAGUUCGUUUCAAGUGGUUUUCAAUACGAAGUGUCCGACCUUUCAAUGCCGAUGAGAUUGGCGCCUUGUUUUCAUGGGUCCUGCUCGGCCAUGUCUUGUGGAUCAUACUGGGUACGACCACAUUCUUUUCUUUAGCCAUCUUCGCCGUCAACACAGUCUUCGCCCAGGAAACUCUGGCUAGAUGGGUUGGUAAUUAUCUUACCAAAUCGUCUGGAGUUAAGGUCGUUUUUGAGUCCGCGAUUGUACCGCAAUGGGGCAGUGGGGUGAUUUCUUUUAGAAAUGUCUUUGUGUCCCGACGUCCCGGGCAAGGCAAAGGGAAAGUAAGUAAAGGGCCGGCAAGCGAGGAAGCUGCUGCAGCUGCUGCAGCUGCUGUCCAAUCCGAGGACUUUUCGGGCCAUCUCCAACAGGCUCAGGGCGACGCGGACGACGGGAAUUAUACUCAAUUUGACCUUUCUCUGGAUACUGUGGACGUCACUUUGUCAUUCCGUAAAUGGUUUAAUGGGAAGGGCCUUCUACAUGAUGUAGAUAUCAAGGGUAUCAGAGGUAUCGUUGACAGAACGUCUGUUCAUUACGACGGGAUACCUAUCGAUCCUCGGAGAUACAAGCAUGAACACAAUCCAGGAGACUUCGAGAUCGAUUCCUUCAAAUUACAGGAUCUUCUUGUGACUAUCCACCAGCCUGGGGGAUUCCGACCAUUUCCCGUGAGCAUAUACAAUUGCGAUCUUCCGCAGCUUCGACGCCAGUGGCUCUUCUACGAUUUUCUGUCUGCAAACGUUGUGUCAGGAUCCUUUGACAAUUCCCUGUUCACCAUACACCCCGCCCAAAUGCAUGGCUACGUCGGAGGCCAUAUGAACCAUGGUUCCGAAAGCACGCACGAUAACCACCCAUUUAAGAAAAGUAGCCGGCUCCGGAUUGCGGGCCUCAACAUUAACCACCUGAAUCGCGGUGUAGAAGGUCCCUUCUCGUGGAUACAUCAAGGGAACGUCGAUAUAAUUGCCGACAUGAAUUUUCCAGCCGACAGUGACGAAAGUAUCACGAAACUCAUGAGCGACUUCUACGAUCGAAUGGAGGCUGCAGUACACUCGAGGCGUAAUACUCAAGUCCUUUCCAAUCACCCGCACGAGACUCAUGAAUCUUUCAAUGAGCAGACUAUGGAGCCCGAGAAGCGCUUUCUAACCUUGGAUCUAAAAUUACAGCUGAAUGACAUCCGGGCUGCAGUUCCCAUAUUCACGAGAGACAUCUCUUACGUGAACAAUGCCCUCGUCAGACCGAUCGUUGCGUACAUGAAUUCGAGAAGGACCUUUAUCCCAAUCAAUUGUCAAGUUGUCAAAUACAUUGAUGAAUUUGACGGCAGCUGGACAAUCUACGAUAGUGGCCUCAUGGAUGACCUCUCUGUAGAAACCUAUCGAGCCUUUGCCGAAGGUGUGACAGAUAACCAGGCACGAAUGCGUCGUUUUAAAAAGGUUGGACUUUGGUCAUUGCAGCUUGCUGCACAGGCGUUCUUUGUAGGUUUGGCGGGCAAUUUCGCGUAG